GUAAGCAGUCACUCUGUUCUACACGCCUCUGGAGAAGACGAAGAAGAAGAAAAGCUGAGAGAAAAAGGGAAAAGAUCCAAAGUUUGUGAAAUUAUAAGGAGCAAUAAACAGUUAUUGUGUAUUUUCAGAGGAAGAAAAGGGAAGGGAGAAACGAGAUCCCUACGAAGUCGGCAACUAUGGCGUCAAAGGUGAUGCCGUCAGCAUCUACAACGCCUAAUUCGGAUCGUUCUUUACAUCCCCAAAACCCAACUUCUUCAUCUUCUUCUCUACAUCACUCUCAUCCUUCUAGAAACUUCGAUUCUAUGAACAUGGAUGAAAUUCUCAAGAACAUUUACUCUGAUUCCGACCCUUUUGCUUGUUCUGUCUCUGCAACAGCCGCCGCCGUCCAUACCCCUUCUUCCACCGCCGGCGGUGGUGAUGAUGUGGGGCCUACUAAGACUGUUGAUGAGGUGUGGAGGGAAAUUGUAGCAGGAGGAGGAGGAGGAGGAGGGGGAGGGAAUAGGGAGCCGGAGAUGACUCUGGAGGAUUUUUUGACCAAAGCUGGGGCGGUUACAGAGGAGGAUGUUAGAGUUCCGGUGAUCGCUCCUCCGCCGCCGCCUCCAGCCACGGGGGCUCCGUCUGCCGGAGGGUUUGUGGUGGAUAACAUGAUGGGUACUGGGAAUUGUCAGUUUCCGGUGGCCAUGCAGAAUGGACCAGGGGGGUAUGGUAUGGAACCCCAACCCCACAUGGGAUUUGGAAAUGGGGUUGUGGCUAUUACUGGGAGUGGAAGAGGGAAGAGGAGGUCAACAGUGGAGGAGUUGCCGGCUGAUAGGGCUACACAGCAGAAACAGCGACGAAUGAUCAAGAACAGAGAGUCUGCUGCCAGGUCUAGAGAGCGAAAACAGGCUUAUACAGUGGAAUUGGAGUCUCUGGUUACACAAUUGGAGGAGGAAAAUGCAAGGCUGGUGAGGGAAGAGGAGGAAAAGAAUAAAGAGAGACUUAAGCAGAUUAUGGAGAACCUGAUACCAGUUGUAGAGAAGCGAAGACCACCUAGAGUUCUGCGAAGAGUUCGAUCUAUGAGCUGGUAGGUUGUCUUCAAAUCUCCUUAACCAUAAGAAGUAAGAAUCGACAUGGUGCUUCUGUUGGAGCUGCUGAGAACUCAGAGAAGGAAAAGGUUGUUCUGGUUACCAAAGGGAUUUGGGACCGCACAUAGUCUGUAGUUUAACUUAUUAGAUAACAGAACCGUUAAAGAGAGCACUGAAGGUGAAAAAAGCUGCAAAGUUCUAUCAUGAAUUAUGCAUAUGACUAGGGUAUGUAGUGUAAAAGGCUUGUAAGCUUUCUGUAGUAGAAGAGAAUAUAUUGUAGUUUUAGCUUCCGCAGGCAUAUCAUGCUGGUUGCAGGGAAGAAUGAUGAACUUACUUGGUUAUAUGUCUAUACUACUAA